GUAACCCUUUGUCAGUCGGGGCGGCCGGCGCGUGUGCCACUGGACCGGCCAACUUUGCUGUGCACAGCAGUUUUAUCGGUGCUUUGCAAUCGCAGGCCGGCGUGUCUCUCAACCAUCCUCGACUGCUUUCAAGCUUCGAUCAUCGAGACGAGGAAGAUUAUGGUGGACGUUGACCCUGAGUCCUCUGAGACAGCGCUGCUCCCCGGCGGAUUUCAAGGGCGUCCCAACAGAGAUGAUGAUGCUGCGGCGGCUGUGCACAGGAAGCUUACCGCCUGCAUCUUGCUGUACACAAUCGGCGCAAGCAUGAUGACGCAAGUCUACCCGAAGAUCAUCCUGCUUUCGUCUGGAGGAGACGACGGGGAAGCAUCCAAGUACAGAGGGUGGUUGGCCGCUGGGGUAAGCGUCAUCCAGCUCCUUUUCGUCCCCGCCAUCAGCGGAUCGAGCGACGUGGUGGGCCGGAAGGUGGUGGUUUGCUUCGCGCAGGUGCUGCACGCCAGCUCGGUCCUCGCGCUCGCGGCGAUGGCGGACUCGUUGGUGUGGGCAACCGUGUGCAGGCUGGCGACGAGCGUGUGCAUCGUGAUCCUGCCGGUCAGUCAGGCCAUCAUGAUCGACCUCUCCCCCGACAGAGGCAAGGGCGCCACCCACGGCUUGGGCAUCGCCUUCGGCGCCUGCGCCCUAGGAUUCAGCGCCGGCGACAUCAUCGGCGGCUCUCUCGCCGAGCACCACCGCGGCGCGGCGUGCCUCGUGAGUGCAGCCUUCGCCACGGCCUCUCUCCUGUCCCUGAUGCUCUUCGGGUGGAGAGAGACGGCGCCGCCCCUGGUCGGGGAGGGGUGGCAACGGUGGCUGUGGUGGCGGAUGGAGGAGCAGGAGAGGGUUGACGAUGCCGUGGUCGGGAUAAAUGAAGACGAUGUGGGCGCUAAUGGGGGAAACGGCGGAAGGGACAUUGUUGCUGUGGUGCAGGGCGGUGAUGCCGUUGGCGCCUCCACGGCGAGUGUUGACAGUUUCGUCUGGGAUGACGAUAGGAGAAAAGGGGCGGGGUGCAGGGGGAGGGCGAGGCGGUCAGGAAGAGAGCAGCUGAACCCACUUUCCGUCCUCAAAGUGUUCUUGGAAACCAGACGGACAUUGAGGAAACGUGGGCCUCUGUAAGAGAUGACCUUCACAAACAAAUUUUGUUUGGACCGCGUGCAUUCGCUUCCUCAUUUGU